AAACGCUUUUUGUAGUUCUGCCAGAAGUUCUCCUUGACAACAGUUUCAUUCUGUCUCAAAUACGUCAUAAUAUUUCACUCUUAUUAGUGUCUUAUAAAGACAAUAGUCACUAUUUUGUUACAUUGACUCGGACGAAGACUUUCCCCGGCGGUGAGCCUCGCUAACGGCCGGACUUAUUGAUUAUUUAUUAUUUAUGUUAUUGAUAACAUCUACCGCUAACGUUAGCAUCUGAAGCUAACGCUAACCAGCUGUAGUUAACGCUGCGGUAGCUUCUGUUUUUAGUCUGCAGCCACAUUUAUUAUAAGAUAUUUACAACUAGCGGCUUAUUUAACAGCUACAGAAACAGAAAAUAAAUGCUCUAAGCUAAGCUAAGCUACUUCACAUAGCAAACAGUGGUUAAGUUUCACUGUCACAUUAACAUUUUAGGUUUUAAAGGCAUUAAAACAGAUCAAACCCAGUGUUGGUGCAGAGGGAUGGUGGUGUGGUGCUGAGAGAGGAACUAGUGAUGUCUGAGGGGGUUCACUCUGCUGGUCUGGAGAAGGAGACACAUGGGGACCAGGCUGGACCACCUCCUGGUCCUCCUCUUACUGGAGCUCCUGGUCCUGAUCUACAGGGUCUCCUUCCUGCCGGCCCCCCGUCCUCAGAGUGCAGCCCCUCCCCUCCUGCUGAGGCCGGCGGCUUGUUGUCGUUGCCGUGGGAGCUGGUGACCCACAUCGCCUCACACCUUCCUGCCGAGUGUGUUAUCAACGUGCUGCCAAAGGUUUGUCACACAUUGAGUAACGUGGGUAAAGACAGCACGGCUUGGCAGCUCCGGGCUCACAGACUGAUCGGGUCCAGAGCCGGGUUCCCAGUGGGGCCCCGGGACGAGUUCGACUGGCCCUCCGCCUGUCUGGAGAUGGAGCAGCUGAUCACCUGCUGGACAGGACAAGCUCACCUGGUGGCCAAACAGAGCCAAGAGGACGAGGAGGGGAGGGUCCAGGUGAGGCCCUGGCAGAGGGCCGACCAGGACGGGGAGCCUGCUGCAGGAGGAGAGGAGGAGGAAGAUAGAGAGGAUGAGGAGGAGGAGGAAGGGGUCGGGGUGGGGGCUCAGGAGGCGGCGUAUGGUGCUGAUGAAGGCAUGGAGGUGGUGAUGGAGGGCGAGGAUGAUGAAGUGCGGCCGGUUGCCGGGGGCGACCAGCUGGCCAGGUUGAGGGAGGAGCUGGAGGAGCGGCUGGAGGACGGAGCCGCCCUGAUGGAGGAGGAGCGGGAGCACAGGAUGGUGUUUGAUGGGAACGAUGGGAACGAUGGGGAAGAAGCUGCACGGAACCACCAGCAGGUCCUGGCAGGGGCCAGGAGCCUGGGCAACGGGGCCCCGGUGGAGAUGGAGCAGCACCAGGCCCCCCGGAGCCCCAGCCCCCCCCCGGCGCUGGAGUGCAUCACGCUGCCGUCGGGCCACAUCGCCCAGGUCAACUCAGUGCUGUUCGUGGGGGGGGAGGGGGGGGUCUGCGCCACCGGCUCCAGAGACUGGAACGUGAAGCUGUGGGACCUCAAGGCCGCCGCCGGACCCUCGCUGCUGCACACCUUAGGGGGGCAGGGGGACUUCAGCACCCACCGGGGCUGGGUCUGGUGCCUGGCGUCCCAGGGACCCCUGCUGGCCUCGGGGGGCUUCGACAGCACCGUGAGGCUGUGGGACCUCCAGGCGGGCGGGGCGGAGAGGGGCCUGAUCAGGGCCGGGGCCGCCGUCCUCUGCUUGGCCUGCCAGCCCGACGUGCUGCUGGCUGGGACCUUCGACAAGAGGGUCAGCAUGUACGACACCAGAGCUGCUGAACCCCUGGUGAAAAGCCUCCGUCUCCAUGGCAACGCUGUGAUGUGCCUAGCAGCAGAUGAUAAGUACAUCAUCUCUGGGAGCAAAGACUGCACCGUGGCCGUCUACGACCGCCGGGCCGGCAAGGGCCUGAAGAAAAUACCGCUGGGCUCCUACCUGCUGUCUAUGAGCUACAGCGGUUGUGAGGUUUGGGCGGGAGACAACGGCGGGAUGCUCCACUCCUUCUCCAUGCAGGCCGGGGCCCUGAAGCCCCUCUCCCAGUUUGAUGUGGGCCACACAGCACUGGUCACUGGCAUCCACAAGUCCCCUGGAAGCCUCUACACCUGUUCAUCUGAUCGUACUGUAAAGGUUCAUGUCCCUUGUGCUCCUCCGAGGACGUUGUGCACGCUGCAUCAUGGAGGCGCAGUCAACGGACUGAGUGUGGAGGCUGGAGUCCUGGCUGUGGCUUCAGGAGACGUGUCUCUGGACAUCUGGAGGCCCAGGAAGUGACCCGGCAACACAAGCAAACUCUGUGGCGAGACUUAGAAGACGGCGGUGACGGGAUUUUUGGAAUCUAAACACAAGUGGAUAACGCUUUAAAAAGAAAACAUCUCUUGUGUUUUCAGGACAGUUAGCCUUGUGAGGUCCAUGUGGCAGAACAGAUGAUUUUAUUUUGCUGCACUGCCGAACACAAAUGUUGGAAAUGUUCACUUCCUUUUUACCAGUUUAAAUGAACUGUACCGUAUAAUUUAUUUUUAAUUAAAAUGUCUUUCUUUCUUCUGGUGAUAUUGUUAUUUCAUUGUCUACAAACAAAAACUCUGAUCCACCGGAUUGUGCCAGUCAACUCACUGAAUCCACGACAGAAACUGAUCUAGUCCCUGAAGCUGAAGCUACUCGUCAUGUACAGUAUAAAACUUGUAUCUGAGCUUUGUGGCACAGUGAUUGUAUUUGUAAAGCUAUUUAUUUGAACACACUAUUCAGUGCUAAUCAAUAUUAUCUUUUUUUUAUAUACGUAUGUCUGCCUUGUGUGUGUGUGUGUGUGUGAGAGUUGGUUAAAAAAACUGUGUAACUAUUUAAUUGCUUGGAUGAAUCAAACUAUAAAUCAUUUGCACAAUACUUGACAUAAAACACACUGAAAGACUGUUUCCAUGAAGCCAUGAAGUGGCCUGAAACAGCUGAUUGUUUGGACGAAGCAAACAAUAAAAUGUCAAAUUGUU